UUGAAAGAUCAGGGCAACAAGGCACUGAGUGCAGGGAAGAUCGACGAGGCCAUACGCUGCUACACUGAAGCGUUGGCCCUCGAUCCCUCAAACCAUGUCCUCUUCAGCAACCGCUCGGCUGCCCAUGCCAAGAAGGGCAACUACGAGAGCGCUCUGGAGGACGCCUGUCAGACCAUCAAGAUUAAACCUGACUGGGGAAAGGUGAGACGACAGCACAUAGAGGGUGGCUUAUAUUUGCACUAGCUAUUGUCAAAAGUGACACGCCUCAUCACCAUGAUUUGUGCUUGCACAGGGCUACUCAAGGAAAGCGGCAGCCCAGGAGUUCCUUGGACGGUUUGAGGAUGCCAAAUUGACGUACCAAGAGGGAUUCAGACAAGAGCCCACUAAUCAGCAGCUCAAGGAGGGGCUGCAGAACAUAGAAGCCCGGCUGGCAGGUAGAAACAUUUGAACCUGUCACACAUGAUUAUAAACAAAACACAAUGGGAUUUUGUUUGCUCAUCAUGCUUUGUUUUGCCUGUGUUGUGAAUGUCACCUCCUCUUGCCUCACCAGAAAAAAAGAUGAUGAACCCAUUUUCCAUGCCCAACAUGUUUGAGAAGCUGGAGAGUGACUCUCGAACCCAUGCCCUGAUGAAAGAUCCAGAGUACAGAGCGCUUCUGGAGCAGCUCCGGGACAAACCGUCUAUGCUUGGCUCGUGAGUAUGUUUCUGUGGAUGCCACUUGUCUUGUUGCACAGCACCUGUACAUUUAGAAAUAUACUGUAUUUUUUCAUGCUUUCAGUUUUCAGGCCCCUUCCAAAUGCAAAAUAAAUUAAACACCAAGAUCAUCUUGUCUGACUGUAGAAAUAAGUACCAGAACACAAAAUUCCUUUGUAGCUCCUGUAGAUUUCCUGUGAUCUAAUUCAAGUACACUCUUUAUCUCGGUCCCUCUACCUGUAUCCAUCUACCUGUAGGAAGCUCCAGGAUCCUAGAGUAAUGACUACCCUGUCGGUCCUGCUGGGGUUAGACUUGGCUGGCAUGGAUGAUGAGGAAGAGCCCACUCCACCCCCACCUCCCAAACCCAAAGAGACUCAGCCACCCCCUCCCAAGGAGGAAGACUUACCUGAGAACAAGAGACAGGUAAAUAGAUUGCAUUAUAAGUAAUUAUAUAGUCCUUCACAGUCUUGGACAAUGGUAAUUUGUGCAUGCGUCUCCUCUCAGCACCCAGACCGAUUUGCUGGAUUUAUUGCCCUCUCAGCAUGGUCUUUUAACAGCUUAAAUGUCACUUGUGCUUCCAUAGGCUCUGAAGGAGAAGGAACUGGGCAACGAGGCAUACAAGAAGAAAGACUUUGCCACUGCACUGAAACAUUAUGAAGAAGCCCUCAAGCACGACCCAACCAACAUGACAUAUCUUUCUAACCAAGCAGGUAUAGAAUCAUCACUGUGUACAGACACACACACACAUAGACAAAUAAUAUUGUGUAGAACAGAGUCUGGUGCACUCUGUGUGGAUAGGCCACUGGGAGAAAACGGAUACCGGACUGCGCUCUGGUCAAAGAGUGAUGAGACACAGAAGCCCAGUCUAGGAGUUUAAUGAUGAAACAUGUGGUCUGUGUACAGAGGGAAAGAGGAUAAAAGAAAUAGAAAAUUACUACAAUGUAAAUCCAAUAAACAAUAUUACAUUAAACAGUAAUGUCAGCAAUCUCUAUACACAAUUUACAAUAAGAGAAUUAACACAACAUAAUUACUCAAGAGAAUUAACAUUAGUUACACCAACUGGUAGGCUAAUUACAUAAUUGUACAAAAUGGUAAGAGAACUGGUGAAGAAAGUUACCCCUCUACAUACACAUUUCUUGUAUUUACAUAUAACAAUAGCAACAGGAAUAUUAUAAAAGUGAAAUAAGUGUUUGUUCUGACUUACAUUUUAGUCAAAAACGAACAAAUAUCCCUGAAAAUGAAAACGGUAUGAUCUCCAUGAAAGCCAAAGGAACUGAGAAAUAAGUUAGUUUUUUAUACUAACAAGUGGUUGCCAUGGUGAAUAAUCCAAUCAUAAUUGGUAGGACACAUGAAAGGAAACAGCAGUGUUUACUGGGAUCUCUAAAUGAAAAUACUGGCAGAUCAAUAAAAUGUCCUUGUAGAUCAAAUUAAAUUUAGAGGAUUCUAAAUUAAUAUCUAAGGGGCUUUCUAGAAUCUUCCGAACUCUCUCAAGGUGCCCUGUUGGACUCCCAUUUACAGUUGUCUUAAAUAUGCUAUUAGGAGAGGUGUUAAUAUUUGAUGAGUUAAACUUGUAGUGUUCUGCCAUUUAACGAACUGCCAACAGUUGUAUUUAUCUCUGUAGUCUGUAUAUGAAAAAAUAAUCAUAUAAUGUUUUAUCCAUGAUAGAACUAAUUAGCUGUGGGAUUAAUUGGCUUGAUCAGAAUUGUAUGCGAUUAACUGAGUGAAUAUCUCUACCCCCUAAUCCUGGGUACAAUUUUCUAUUUCCAUACGAUCAAGGGCAGAUAAAACAGCAUAACAUUUGAUCAUUUUAUGUGGGUCCUCGGCAAGUAAUUUUACAGAAUAGAUUUGUCCUGCUUAUAAGAAUAAUUAUUGUCAAAAGGAUCUAGAAUCUACUCAAUCCCUCUCCAAGUGAUAAGACCUCCAUGGUAGGAAAAGCAUUAUCUCCCCAGGAAGAGUAGAUGCUGCUAUAGCAGUAGCUUAUUGGGAUCCUAAUAAUAAAAUACUAUCUCAGCUUACCAUCAUGCAGACAAUAUAAUAUGAUUUUUAUAUGCAUGGUUUUUAUGAUCUGUAAAAUCUGAUUGAUGGAUAAUGGGUGGUUUCUAAGGUGUCUGUCUUUUUCCGUGUUCCCAUCCCAGCUGUGUUCUUUGAGAAGGCUGAGUAUGAGACGUGCAGGGAGCUGUGUGACAAGGCCAUCGAGGUAGGCAGAGAGAACCGGGAGGACUACAGACACAUUGCCAAGUGAGUUCCUUGUCAAAUCACUGAAAACAAUUACACAUGUGGGUAUAAACUGCUGGGAGUCUGAAGGGGACAAUUGCAUACGGUGCGUCCAUCAAGGGAUGAGGAGAGAUUAGGUCUCCUGAACAAGCAGCCAAUUAAGUCUUUGUAUUCACCAUUGCCAGGUCACAUUUGGGUAAUGGUUGGCUCUGCUACAAACUGGGGAAAUUGAAUGUCAGAGCAUGUCAUUCAGGUUUCUAAUUUUAAGUGCAUUCUCUCUCUGUCUGUCUCUCUCUCAGGGCCUUGUCUAGGAUUGGCAACUCGUACUUCAAGCAGGAGAAAUACAAAGAAGCAGUCCAGUUUUACAACAAGAGUCUGACAGAGCAUCGCACUCCUGAUGUCCUUAAGAAGUGCCAGCAGGUACAGAGUGUUGACCCUAUUGAAUGAGGGCUGUCAGGGUAGAUUAUGCUGGGUUCGAUAACGACUCUUUAACCAAUCUGUUUAAUCACUGUCCCUUCACUGUGUCUGCAGGCAGAGAAGGUACUGAAGGAGCAGGAGAAGCUGGCCUACAUCAACCCAGAGCAGGCCUUGGAAGAGAAGAACAAGGGCAACGAGUCCUUCCAGAAAGGUGUGUGUCUGUAAAAUGGAGGAUCUACAAUGGUUGAAAGUAUUAAUUGUUAUGUGUCAUGCCUAUUUGUGCUCUUAGUGGUACGGUUUCUCUAGUUGUUUGCAUACCGUUUUAGAUUCUGCUAGUGUCAGGAUAUCUGACAUGCUUGUGUUUAUCCUCUCUGUUCUUCAGGAGACUAUCCUUCAGCCAUGAGACAUUACUCUGAGGCCAUCAAGAGGAACCCCAAUGACGCCAAGCUCUUCAGCAACAGAGCUGCCUGCUACACGAAGCUACUGGAGUUCCAGCUUGCCCUAAAGGUACAACACACCUCACUACUGUGGUACCAUGCAUGUACAUGAGCUUCAUCCAUAUUACUAACUAAUAAACACCAACGUGAUGAUAUCCACUGUAGUACUUUAUCAGUCAAAAAGGACUAGGAUGUUUUCUGAUUUUCUUUCUCUUUUAGGAUUGCGAGGACUGUAUCAAACUUGAUCCUACCUUCAGUACGUAUUGACCUUUAAAUUUGUAUUUUACUCAAGCUCUUGUUAGUCCACCAUUUUUAAUUAAUUUAGCACAUACAGGCCUCCUAGCUUUUCUAAUAGCAGGCGUAUUUACUUUUUGCUACUACUUGAUUUCGGGCAUCACAAGACUGAUGAUGGAAUGCAUCUUGAAAACGUUAACGCUGACAUGUGCAAUUGUUUGAACUGUAUCAAACCUGGGCCCUUUAAAAGCAUAGAUCUCACCUCAUUUAAUUUCUCUCUCCACAGUAAAGGGAUACACACGCAAGGCAGCCGCUUUGGAAGCCAUGAAAGAUUUCUCUAAAGCGAUGGUCGUCUACGAGAAGGCUCUGGAGCUUGACUCUACUUCCAAGGUACAGUAUGACAGAUUUACAUUGGAGCACUAGCAGGAUCUCCUUUACCAACCCAACUCUAAAAGAAAUUGAAAGAUAUGUUUAUUUUGUAUGCGGUUUCUAUUAAAUAUUAAGCCAUGGCUUAUGGUUCUUCUACCUUGUUUUGUUGGUGUCAUUGAGCGGACUGAGGCUAACAGUUUAAACCAUCUGACUCUGUUCCGGGUGCAGGAGGCCACAGAGGGUAUCCAGCGCUGCAUGAUGAGCCAGCAUGUGAGGAACGACGACAGUCCAGAGGACGUGAAGAGGAGGGCCAUGGCUGACCCGGAGGUGCAGCAGAUCAUGAGUGACCCAGCCAUGCGCAUGAUCCUGGAGCAGAUGCAGAAGGACCCACAGGCACUCAGCGAGUAAGCAGGCCAGAUCUGUGCAGCUACACACAUUUCACACACUCGCUAUCUACAUAGUAUACAACACAUGCAGCGUAAUCACACUGUAAUUGGCCAAAUGAGCUUGAAAUUGAGUUAAUUGGUUCUCUCUUUCUCCCUGGACCCUCUCAGUCACCUUAAGAAUCCAGGCAUUGCUCAGAAGAUCCAGAAACUGAUAGAUGUGGGACUGAUAGCCAUCCGAUGA